AUGAAAGAAGGUAUUAAUGGUGGCUCUGUAUUAGCAAAGCCUAGGGUGCAUCGGAUGAUCUCCAAGUCCAAGGAAGAAGAAGAAGAAGCAUUCCUGAAGUCGCUUCCGUCGGGUUAUCGAUUCAAGCCGCUUGAUUCUGAGCUUGUUGAUUUUUAUUUGAGGAGGAAAGUUUACAAUCAACCGUUGCCACAGAAUAGAAUCAGGGAGGUUCAACUCUAUAACUAUGAUCCUGAUACCCUUACAGAGAUCAGUAAUAAUAAGUCAUCAAAUGGAGUUGUGAAUGAGUGGUAUUUCUUCACUCCAAGAGACCGCAAAUACCGCAAUGGCACAAGACCAGAGAGAGGAGCUGGCGAUGGAUUCUGGAAGGCAACUGGAGCUGAUAAGCUUGUCAAGUGUAAAGGAAAUUUAGUUGGAUUCAAGAAGACUUUAGUCUUCUGCAGGGGGAAGCAACCUCACGGUGUUAAGACGAAUUGGAUUAUGCAUGAAUAUGUAUUAAGUAAUCCUCCACCAAGAGAAAGAGCUAGUAAUGAUGACAUGAGGCUUGAUGAUUGGGUACUGUGCAGAGUGUAUAAGAAGCAGAAGGAUGCAAAGCCAAAACCUCAAACCCCUCAGCAGGGUACUGAUAAAAAACAGGAGGGAGCUGAAGUUGCAAUUCCAGCUUACACUGAAACCAAGAAGCAAGAAUAUGGGAUUUUACCUCUAUCUGAUCAACAGUUUCAAGUUGAAGACUUCAAUAUGCUGCCACAACAAACUUAUCCAAUGCCUUUUUACCACAAUAUAUAUCAUAAUUCUUCAUCUGGAGGACUCCCAAAGUUGCCUGAAUCUUUUGAUACUAUGCUGGAACCUGACUCAACCAUAUUUUCUCAGCAGGCUGCUGUGUCUGAAUAUGGUAAUUUUAUACCAACAGCCGUAGAUAUGUCACCAAUUCCUUCUGAUCAGUUCCAUUCCAUGGGCCAAGAUAAUUUUAACAUACAGCAGCAGCAGCAGCAGCAGCAAUUUUCAGAUUUCGCCAAUAAUUUUGAGUUCACAGCUGAUGAUAAAUUCCUUUUGGAUGAGGACUUUGGCUUACCAGAUAUAUAUAGAGAUUUGUAG